AAAUAAUAAAAAGUGGAAAUGUUGCCGGUGCCUCAAGAUCGCAUGUCUGGGCGGCGGAGCAGUUCCAUCGUCAGCAGAACUCUUCUCGGGAGGAGAGCAUCAGUGUAUGUCACCGGCAACCACCAGGACCCUGCCAAGUUGAUAACGGAGAUCAACGUGCAACUGGCACUGUUCCGAGACCUGCUCAUCCACAUCGGCCAGCCGCACGACUGCCCCGAGCUGCGGGAGCGCGUGCGCAGGCUGAGGCGCGCAUGCGUCGAGGCGACCAAACAGACUAGCCAACUAGUCCUACCCAAUUGUAAAAAGUCCACAAGCGAGGGUUGCACGGAACAGCCCCAACUGGUGCUGCUUUACUUCAUGGCCCAACUGCUGCUGCGGGAGCUCGCCAAGUGCCACCGUCUCGUACAACUAGUGCCAAUGGAUAUGACCUCCUACUAUGAAAACCGCGCCGGCCCUUCCAACUUUGGUAACGUGAUCAGUCAGAUCCUGUUAUGUAAGCAGAUCACCCCUGACUUCAACCAGGAGGAACUCUGCAGCAUCGCCAAGGACACGCAGGAAAUCACCAGAAUAGUCAACGAUAUCCAGGAAUACUUGCCGCAACAUGAAAAUCUCAAUCAUUUAGAAACGAACGUCGCAUUGAAAGGAGACGACGUGAACGGCCUCUGGCGGAACAAGCGACGAGGUUCGCUGUACAAAGGCAUGGGCGUGCUGUGUUGCGUGUCGCGGCCCAACUACCUCUGAGGGUGACGGGUCUCGCCCUCGAGGCGACACUGAACGCCACCGAACAAAUAACAUAGAAGGACAUUCGAUGCGAUUAACUCAGUGUUCAGUGGAUAAGCGAAGUUAGAGUAUGCGUAUCGAUACCAGCCCACGCCACGUAUUCUAUUAAGAUACAUACUUAUGUUUCUAAUAUAGUAUUAAAGUUUGU